UAGACCGAAGUUCGUAAUAAUAGGGAGGCCAUGUUGGAUUUCCAGGUGAGACGAACUUAUAUACGUGUAUACGGAUUCUAACAUGAAAAUGACACCAAUAUCGAUAUUUUUGGGAUCAAUGAGAUAGGUCCGAUCACUUUGAUAUCAGUUUCAUAUAAUCAUGAAGUGAACUUCUCAUGUGAUCCCGACAUCAGAAAUGGACCCGUUUCGGAGAGCCCAGAUUACUCUACUAUGUGACCAAUGUGAAACUGCCCCUCUACAGAGUCACUGUGAACGUUGUCACAUAAACCUAUGCAAGGUCUGUGUUGGAGAGCACCUUUCAGAUUCGUCUAUAAGACACAGCGUUGUGCCCUUUGAACACAGAAAACCUGCUAACUACCCAAAAUGUCUAAACCACGCGGACGAACACUGUAAACAUUACUGUGAGAACUGUGACAUUCCUGUCUGUUCUACCUGCCUCUCCUCUGGUAAACAUGAAGAUCACACGUUAUCAGAUAUUCUGGAAAAUCUUAGCUCUAAAACACAGAGUUUACAAAACGAUUUGGAAGAACUCGAGACCAGGAUUUAUCCUCGAUAUAAAGAAAUGGCCUCCUAUGUCCAAAUAGAGAAAGUCGAGUUAGAAAUGACUUACGGGGAACUGGUAACAGCUACUGAUCAACAAGGAGAGGUCUGGCACCGAGAGAUCACCGCCAUUGUCAACCAACUAAAAUCUGACAUUGAGGAAAUGAAAAACCAACACCUAUCUAUCCUGAAUAAAAACAAAAAUGAAAUCACACAGAAAAUCACUGAACUCAAGCAAAUCAUUUCCGAUUUGAAAUCAAUCCUUCAAUCAAAUGACGUCUCCUUAACCUCUACUUACAAAUCUAGGAAUUCCGAUUUUAAAAGUUUACCUCCUAAAAUCCGUGUUACAUUACCAAGUUUCUCUCCUCCGAAAAUAAACAAAGAUCAGCUCAAUGAAAUGUUUGGUUCUCUGUCGCCAUUAUCCAUUAACACAGAACAUGGCGACACAAUGAAGUCAGCAGAAGCUGUAUCGUCUCCUCCAGUCAAACCACUGCUUGAUGAACCGCGACUCACCGCCACCAUAGACACUGGGAGAAGCUUACUAUUAAGUAUAUGCUGUCUGAGUGAAGAACAAGUCUGGACAUGCGGGAAUAACGAAAUCAUGAAGCUGCUCAACCUCAAGGGUAAACUACUGACAUCAAUACAAACCGAGUCAAGGUACCAACCACGAGAUAUAGCAGUGACACGGGACGGAGAUCUUGUUUAUACUGUCCCUGAAAAUAAAACCAUAAACCUAGUGAAGAAUAAACAGAUACAGACCAUUAUCACACUAAAGGGGUGGAUACCUCUCAAUGUCUGCAGUGCCUCCGUUGAUGACCUACUGAUGACCAUGAUCAGUGAUGAUAGUAAACAAUCCAAAGUUGUGCGUUACUCCAACUCCACAGAGACACAAACCAUCCAGUUUGAUGAUCAGGGUCGUCCUCUCUAUUCAUCAGGUGGUUGUAUCAUUAACUCUGGUGGUUUUACUUUCUCUAACACUAAAUACAUCAGUGAGAACAGGAACCUGGAUAUCUGUGUGGCUGACCGUGUAGCUAGAGCAGUAGUGGUUGUCAAUCAGUUAGGAAAACUUCGAUUUAAAUACACUGGACAUUCCUCUAAUACCAAGAAAUUAUUUAAUCCAGUCGGCAUCACUACAGACAACCAGAGUCACAUCCUGACAGCAGACUAUAACAAUGACCGUAUCCACAUCCUAGACCAGGACGGACAGUUCCUCCGUUACAUUCAGACUUGUGAUUUACUCGGUCCAUACGGUUUAUGUGUGGACGUCAGAGACACCCUCUUUGUGGCUGAGCAUGGCACUGCUAACUUGAAGAGAAUCCAUUAUCUAUAAGCAGUUUUAAUUACACAUAUCAACACUCUGUUGAUUACAUUUAUCAACACAGUGUUAAUUACAUAUCUAAACACAGUGUUAAUUACAUGUCCCAAAACAGUAUUAAUUGGCGGAUCGCCGAAUUUUUGACUGACGGAAGCAUUAGCCAAUCAGAGAGCUCCAUUUACAAGCGUUUUCUGAAGCUAAGGACGCGCCGCCAUUUUCCCUGACAUCCGACAAAUAGUUAGAUUGUUUAAUUCGGAUCGAAUUUGGUGAAUAUAUAUGAAAAUGGUGAAGCGAUGUUGCUUGGGAACAUGCAACACAGACAGCCGAUAUCCCAAUCGACUUGAGGGGGGUAUUGUAUUUAUACUAUUUCCGAAACCAGGCAAAAAUAUCGAGGAAGCGAGGAAAUGGAUAAAACUCUGGAAGGCCAUGCUGCAUUGCAUUGUCUGUUAAACGAAGAAAUUCUAAAAGAUUAAGGAAACACCAAACACUUAUACGUAUGUUCAAAGCACUUUGUAAAUGGUAAACCCUCUGACCCUCAGAGUAAUACCCUGACCCAAUUCCAGCCAGCAGCUAUGAGGUUCUAACACCUUGUAGGUAACCACCAAUUGAAAGACCAUUGGAGUUGGACAGAUUACCUGAUUUGAAAUCCAAAAGACAGAUUUUGUCAGAAAUGUCAUCUAAUAAAAAUCGAGAUGAAGAGGAAUGCAGUAGAACACCACUAGAUUCCUCUGAAGCUGCCCAGGGUUGUUUAGUAUCCGAUGCAACACAAGAGAGUGAUGGCCCAGGCUACUUUGAUAACACAAUGCAAUUAAAUAUAGGUGUCUCUCAACUCAACCUUUUGGCCAGUGUUCUGAAAAUGGAGCAUUAUUGGAAGAGAGCGAAAUAGCUGCUACAGGUUAACUGAUAUUCAACAACUGCUACAUGUCUUGAAAGAAAAAAGCUGCAGGGCAGGAUAUUUGGAUGUUAAAGUCCGAAUGACAAAGAUUAUCAGUAUUAUAUUGGGUUUUCUAGGGACCAAUUUGAUGCUGUCUACAUAUUUCUUGUACCAACAGAUGAAUAUACUAUCAAGUGGAGCAAAACAGUUUUUAGUGCCAAAUCAUUGUCGACAAAAGAUCAAGUUCUAACUAUGAUGAAACUGAGACAAAAGUUUGACUUUCAGCACAUCGCACAUUAUUUGAUAUAUUAAUCCUCACAAGACUCUAGUGUAGUUUUUACUCAUUGAAUAAACUAUACAUUUUUUAGAUUUGGAAGUUUAGUUAUUUUGUCUGAAUAAAGUUUGUAACUUACA